AUGGCGACAGUGGUAGUGCAGCAGCAUACGCUACGGCACUCAACUCCUCCCCCGACGGGGCUAACCCCCGCAUUGAGUCUGAAUAGGACUUCAUCCCCCAUCCCCAACAAACAUAUACCUGUUUGCCCUACGGGGCCAUCCCCGGUUUCUUCUCGGACACCACCCUCAGCAACCAAAGAUAACAACAAAGAUCAGUCCACAUUUUCUCUGUUGUACCCGCCCGAUGGAUUUCUACGCCUUACUCAGUCACCUGCCCUGUACUCUAUUGAUCUGAAAACCCUCGCCGCUUCGUUGGAGUACUUGGCUUCGCAGCCCCUGCCUGAUCCGUCCCUAGUAUUUCCGUGGCUGCACGGCCUUCACCCAGAAAACCAUCUGCAGGUGGGAUUCUUCACAAACAGAAGGCGCUCUCUUCGAAGGACUCCGAAAUGUUGGCGUGGUAUCACCAUUGUCAAGGUCGGUGGCGAUUUAUCCACCGCAAGGAUUAAGGGUGCAGUAUCUCCUGACGAGAUCCUAGUCCCUUCCAGUGUGGAAUUUCUUCCAGUAGACCCCCGGGAAGGCUUCUCAGUACGCAACUUUCAGAUACAAACCGCAAAGUUAGCACCACUAUCUGACAUUGUCAUUUAUGGCGAGGAUGGUGUACCUAAACAACAGAUUCUGGAAAUCGCAGGACGAGUCGCAACGGCGCAGCAUAACUGGAGGGUGAAACAUGAUCCGGACCACAGCUUUCCUGCGUAUAACACCUUUGUCCUUGCUUGUCCAUUUUCUGAGAUCGAACGAAGGGCGCCGCAGCUGGUGGCUAUUAGCUCCAAGGGUCAGCUUACGGGCCAAGUUGUGGAUUUUUUUCAAUGGGAACGGCUGGAGAUGUGCGAGAUGUCGAAAGCCUCCGAGAUAUCAACAAAUGUUUGGCUAGGUCCUACACCCGACUACCUAUUGCGACCUGGAUCUUGUGGGCCUGCGCCUACGGAGAAUUUUGACCUACUGAUUGAAGCUAGCGAGCUUGCGAGUAUCCCGGGUCCUCGGUUUCUGGCAAAGCUCAAUAAGCAGCUUGAUGAAGGUCCGCAGAAAUUGGAGUUCCCUUCAUCCGGCUCUAUUCUUCUGCCAGCUGGAGAGCACCGAGAGGUCGAUGAUCUAGUCAACACGGUCCGCUGGAUCUACUAUUUGGCAAAUCCUGAUGAACCAGACCAUAAAGCCGAUGCUGAUGGCGACAUUCAAAUGAUCCCUCUGACCAAGACAGCGCGCAAGAUCCUCAUCCAUUGCCCGGACGGUUAUACUGAGAGCUCAUUGCUGGCAAUCGCGUACUUGAUGUUUGCGGAGGGAAUUUCAGCUCCUAAUGCUUGGCUCAAACUGCAUUGUGAAAAGAAGCGGAACUUUUUCGCAUACCCCUCCGACAUUUCCUUUAUGAGCAGCGUACAAGGAAGACUAAUGCAGGAGAGUCCAGCAACACCAUCACAUAAACUCAAGAGUCUUCCCGAUCCAUCAUGGUUUAGAUACUGCGACGGCUCCCUUCCAAGUCGGAUCCUGCCAUAUAUGUAUCUGGGUAAUCUAUCACACGCCAACAACCCAGAGAUGCUGUGCGCGCUAGGAAUCAAGCGCAUUCUUAGCAUAGGCGAGACCGUCUCGUGGAGCAGCUCCGAUGCUGCCAAGAUAGAUCCUAAAAAUCUCCUGCACAUUACUCAGGUUCAGGAUAAUGGGAUCGACCCAUUGACACAGGAAUUCGACCGCUGCCUGGAGUUUAUCCGGCAAGGGAAGUCCGACGGCAUGGCCACUUUAGUGCAUUGUCGAGUGGGUGUCUCCCGCUCAGCGACAAUCUGCAUCGCCGAAGUUAUGGCGUCGUUGGGCCUGUCAUUUCCUAGGGCAUACUGCUUUGUUCGGGCAAGGAGGCUAAAUGUAAUCAUCCAGCCCCAUCUACGAUUCGUUUAUGAGCUACUUAAAUGGGAGGAGCUACAACUACGGAAGCGAAACAAACCUGCAAGGCGAGAACUAGAAUGGGCUACUGUGGCUCGCGAGAUCGCACUGAUGAACAAACCCUAUUCUAGACAGUGA